CGGUACCACGACGACGUACCACGCACAUCAGGCUCCAGUUCUCACAGUCAUUGAAGGCUUCCUGUCCCCAAAAGCGCAAAAUUGGAGUCUGAAAGGUUUUGAAUGUCAUCGUCAGUCGUAUCGAGAGGAAAUGAUGGACUCCAGGCAGAGAGAAAGCUAAACAAUCCGUACUCGUUGCUAGCUCUUCCAAUCGUUCUCUUCUACGAGAUCUGCCAGUACCUACACCCCCAAACUCUUCUCGUUCUCUGUCGAGUGAACCAUCUGCUUCGAGAUACAUUGUCGUCCACAGAAAGUUCAGCAAUGGUUUGGUGCAUAAUGCGGGGACGUUACAACGUACCACCCCCCUUUACAGGCAGGACAGGUCUUUCGGAAUACGAAUGGGCAGAACUGCUGUUUGGCCCUCCAUGCUGCCAGAUGUGCGGUGGCCUCAAGCAGGACGCCCCGAGCCAUUCUGAUUUGGUUUUCCAACAGCGACUUUGCCUGCAUUGUUCCAAAAACAGUACUAUACAUAAAACGGAGAUCCGCGAGGGAAUCAAACAUGGCGUUUACCCCAAAAAUAUUCUCCACUACGUCGCUGCCAGUCCAGGCUACUUUCCCACUGGAAGCGAGAAAUUGUACGACCGCAAGGAACUGCAGACGGUGAUGGAACAGAUCAGCAGACAAAAAGGGCUAAGUAAGGACGGAUAUCUUCAAAACCGCAAGGACCACACGAAUGCAUUUUGCAAGCAUGUCUAUGAUUGCUCCGAGUGGAGAAGAUCUGGAAGUUACUCAUCUAUAUUAUGGGAAGGAAAACACAUCGCGGCAACUGGCCGCUUUAAUUCGGUCAUGUCACGACUCACGUCCAUGGGUUACUCUGAGAAAGACGUGGAAUGUGUAAAGGAACUUCGUUGCGUUCGCAAGUAUUCCCUUCUCUCAGAAGAAGCCUGGAUUAGAAUUCAGCCAGAGCUAUUGAGACCCAUAAAGAACGUUCGACUCCGAGAGUUUUUUCAUUACACACCCACAUCCGUGAUGAUCGUUCGCCGGGAAAUGUUACGACGUGUCUAUGCCGACUUUCUGAAAUCCCUUCCUCCUGGAACAUGGGCAUCGUAUCCACCCUUCCUGACCCUCAGCCUCUUCCCACCUAUGUUCGAGAUCCUAGUCUCCCCCGACAACAACCCGGUGACCGAAACGCAGUUACAAAAUAUUCUUCAUGGGGAGCCUCUCCAGAGCGAUCUAACGGCAUACGUUACGAGUGUGGAAAGAAACGUCGCUCGGGUCGUAAAAAGUUCUAGUUCCCUAUCUGAAAUCUAUUCUUCAGUCUUCUCGCUAACAGAACUCCAAUUUCCGUCCAAAUGCCACAAAUCGGCUACGGUUGUGAUCGAGUGCGCCCUUUGCUUUCGUUUAUGGGUUUCCACGGCGUCAUUCAUUCAACACCCAUGUUGCUAUUAUGGAUGGCGCGGUUCGGAUUCUGAAGAACCACCACUGGGGUCGAAAAUGCUGUCGGAACUCACACCUCUUGUCGCUAACAAAGAAGGGCGUGCGGCCAUGAGCUUGAUCUCUGCGUCUGGGUUGGAUGUAGUAACUACUACAGCGGAUGAAUUGGAUGAAUUGGGGAAGUUCUACAAGUGUUUGACCCAGAAGGACAAGGACGAAAAGGAGUAUUCUGGGACAUGGCGAGAGUGUGUCAUCCAUUUCUUUGGCUUCAACCCUGCGAAUCCCCAUCGUUUACACGAGGCACGGGAUGGUGACAUCCAGAGAUGGUUUGAAAUGCUGGGAGAUUCGCCGGAGAGGAAGGAUGAGAGGUGUUGUUGGUCUUGUGGGCAUUGCAACGAACACGUUGAUGCGCUGGUGACAAGAGAGGUUGUUCUGGAGCAUCUCCGCGCUCAGCAUUAUAUAUCGGAGCCGCAUGUCCCGAAUGACUUCUUUCACGUUGUGCCAAGCCGUGAAGAAUGCCGGAUAUGAAUCCCGUUUGGAUUGUAGCAGGGUGCAAGGCCGUUUCCCGGUAAUAAGUGGCAAGUUUUUCACAUUCGCAGCAGCACUGGCACAUGGAAAAUACAACUUGUUCGUAAAUAGUAGAAUGCAUUGAAAACCGUUGAUUCGUGAAGUUCA